AUGGUAUCAAGACGACAAGAUUUAAAGGAAAUAAAUUAUCUCAUUUACUGUUUAACAUCCCCUUUAAAGUUGCAAGCUUUUGAAAGACUAUUUAAAUACAAACGAUAUGUGGAUAUUUGGGAGCAACAUAGACACGCAAAUGGUCUUGUGUCAUAUUGGUCAGUCAAAUUUAGACAGACUGGCUCAAUGGGCCUGGAAGAAGAAAUGCUUCUUCCACAUGGUCGAGAUGAACAAAGAUGUAUUGAAUAA